UUGUAACGUCUCAGGCUCUCUCUCUGCCCCUUUUGCGCUUGGCCGGGGUGUCCUCGAGGGUAUCUGCUGGCGGCACCUGCUGCUGUUCAGCAAGUACUGCUCACAGACCGGGAAGGCGAUCCCGCCAGCCCGGGGCGACAGCCCCUGACGGCAGCCAGGCGCAUUGCUAGGUGUCCGGAAGAAGGGGAGAGGGCAGUGACCCUGGCCCUUGGCAGCCGUGUGCUGCUCUCCUGCCGUUGCUGCCUGGCGGAAGGGUGAGACACGGGUGUGCGUCUGCCGCCGCAGCCAGGCGCUUGGGGCGAUGGUUCACCCCAUCACAGUGUGGCAGGUGCCGUGGGCACGCCCGAUCCCCAGUGUCACCUCGACAUCUGUAGCACACGCACCAGGAGCAGGAGGGCGUUGAACCUGGCCAGUUCUCUUCAGGAAGUCAAGUUCACAGUAGCUUUGUAGUGCACAUCUGCCCGUCUGCAUUAUCUAGAGUUAGGCUCUGAACACUGGGGUUCCUGUUUUCCAUUUCAUCAUGUUUUAACUUGUCAUUUUGAAAUUUCAACGAAAGAUUGAUAACCCAAUUAAUCUUUCAGGCUGUUGAAAUCUGGGAUUGUGCUUUCAAAUACCAAGCAGCAAAGGUGUUUCUUCAGGACAGUGAGCUCCGUAUUCCUCACCUCCUGCUUGAUGAAUACCAGUUGCAGCCAGGGAGUGUGGGGCAAGAACUGACAGCCUGGAGCUGGGACAGGAGCGAGGCCCCACGGAGUGGCCGGCUGAGUGCUGGGUCAGCGGGCUGGGAGCCGGGUCCGACUCGGGGCGGCCUGGAGAGUGAGGCUGCUGAUACGGUGGCGGCAGCAGACGCGGGCCCCAGCGCCGCUCUCCAGCCCUCUCAGGGCAUCACCCCGGUGUACAGUGCGCAAGAAGAAGAUGUGGCCAGUGAGAGGUCAGAUUCUCAGGCGGUGGCCAAGGCAAGCCGAGAGCGUGGCUGACCAGGAAGAAGCCAGUGUGCACUGUAAACCCACGUUCCCCAGGGCAUUUGGCCCUCACAGGCUCAACUCGGACGCCACCUUAUGGCGGAAGGCACACAGAUACACUGAGAGGGACUGCCACAAGGUCACACGCGUCAGGGCCGUGCCAGAGGCUGUGUUAGAGACACCUGGGGGCGCAGGGGGUUUGAACAAGACAGCAAGCUCCUUGAGCCCCCCUCAGUGCCACCUGCAUGAGUGUCAUUAAGGAAUCCCAAAGGGUCGUGUUCCGUCCUUGUCUUCAUCAGCUUUGGAUACAAGGUUUGACUCCAGUCCCUGACUUUGCUGAGAGGACACCCCAAGGCGUCCCCCUCUGCUGGACAGCUUGGCCCGGCGGGCUCGCCGCUCUGCAGGGUGUGAGGAGUUGGCUGUGGAGCUUCAGCCUCCAGGGUCCCGGGCUAAAGGGCUUGAUCAUUCGGAGGGUUACAUCAAGGUCAUCCUUGGCAAGUGAUCCAGCUGUUGCAGGCUUGGGGUGUCUGAGAUGACCCUGUCAGCAGGAGGAGGCGGGGCGAGGACCCCUGCUGUGCUUUGCAGCCUCCAACUCUGUGUGCGGCCCUUGCUGGAACCGGUGGGAUGGGUAGAAGCCCCCUCGACACUGACCCUGAACUCUCCACCCUGCAGCCCUCAGACUCGGCCCCUGCGGCUGGCCGGGGAGCUCUGCCUCUUCCUGGCUGCGUGGUGUUGGCUGACUGCACCUCUUCGCACCUGCGCUCCCUUUUCUGUGAAACAGACACUGGUGGUCACAGAACUGAAUGAGGUGACAGCACCAGCAGGGCCCGCCUGGCAGAACAGUCUAUUGUGAUGCCGCCGCUGCUGGAAACCUGGCAGGGAGGCCGCUCACACGUGAGGCAGGCUGGAGACGAGCGGAGGGCAUGGGGACCGUGUUCGGAAGGACCCUCGUGGCCCCCAGCAGGGGCAGCCAGCAGGGGCCGUUAGUGAGGAAUUGGUCUCUCCAGGCGAGUGCCGGUGAUGCGAGCUCUCCGUGCUGCUCCAGCAGGAGAACCCUCCGCGAGGAAAAGGAGCCGAGCCUUAGCAGAGUGCAAGGAUGGGGGCAGGUGGGGAACUACAAGCGGACCGUGAAGCGGAUCGAUGAUGGCUACCGCCUGUGCAGCGACCUCAUGAACUGCCUGCACGAGCGGGCGCGCAUCGAGAAGGCGUACGCGCAGCAGCUCACCGAGUGGGCCCGGCGCUGGAGGCAGCUCGUGGAGAAGGGGCCGCAGUACGGCACCGUGGAGAAGGCCUGGAUCGCGCUCAUGUCGGAGGCGGAGCGGGUGAGCGAGCUGCACCUGGAGGUGAAAGCCGCGCUGAUGAACGAGGACUUCGAGAAGAUCAAGAACUGGCAGAAGGACGCCUUCCACAAGCAGAUGAUGGGCGGCUUCAAGGAGACCAAGGAGGCCGAGGACAGCUUCCGGAAGGCGCAGAAGCCCUGGGCCAAGAAGCUGAAAGAGGUGGAGGCAGCCAAGAAAGCCCACCACGCGGCGUGCAAGGAGGAGAAGCUGGCCAUCUCAAGGGAGGCCAACAGCAAGGCAGACCCGUCCCUCAACCCGGAGCAGCUCAAGAAACUGCAAGACAAAGUAGAGAAAUGCAAGCAAGAUGUGCUUAAGACCAAGGAGAAGUAUGAGAAGUCCCUGAAGGAGCUGGACCAGGGCACCCCCCAGUACAUGGAGAACAUGGAGCAGGUGUUUGAGCAGUGCCAGCAGUUCGAGGAGAAGCGCCUCCGCUUCUUCCGGGAGGUUCUGCUGGAGGUCCAGAAGCACCUGGACCUGUCCAACGUGGCUGGCUACAAGGCCAUUUACCGCGACCUGGAACAGAACAUCAAGGCGGCCGAUGCAGUGGAGGACCUGAGGUGGUUCCGGGCCAACCACGGGCCAGGCAUGGCCAUGAACUGGCCGCAGUUUGAGGAGUGGUCCGCAGACCUGAAUCGCACCCUCAGCCGGAGGGAGAAGAAGAAGGCAUCUGAUGGUGUCACCCUGACAGGCAUCAGCCAGACAGGCGACCAUGCUCUCCAGAGCAAGCCCAGCAGCGUGAGCAGCUAUGAGAAGACCCAGAGCUACCCCGCCGACUGGUCAGACGAUGAGUCCAACAACCCGUUCUCCUCCACGGAUGCCAACGGGGACUCAAAUCCUUUUGACGAGGACACCACCUCUGGGACGGAAGUGCGGGUCCGGGCGCUGUAUGACUACGAGGGGCAGGAACACGACGAGCUGAGCUUCAAGGCCGGGGACGAGCUGACCAAGAUAGAGGACGAGGAUGAGCAGGGCUGGUGCAAGGGGCGCUUGGACAGCGGACAGGUCGGCCUGUACCCGGCCAAUUACGUCGAGGCCAUCCAGUGAUGGGCCGUGGGCGGGCUGGCGGAGGGAUGGGAGCCACCAUCAGCAGGAGCCCCGCUAGCCCCCGGCCCAGGCAGCGGCGGCUCUGGCGCCCCCAGCUGGCCGUGCGGCGUCCUCGCGGGCGGAGAGCUGUCCGGUGCAGCAGGAGCUGCGAGCGCAGGAAGCCGCGGUGCCACAGAGGAAGAGCCGCCCCCCCAGCUUAUCAUGGAUCUGUGUAUUCCUGACCUGCGCCCCGGCCCCGGCCGGCGGUCACCCCGAAUUCUCCCGUCACGUGCGACUUCAAUGAACACACCUAGGCGCCAUUUUCUGAGUGAAGGCUUUGAGGUGCUUAAUCUAAAGGCCGUGUACAGCUCUGCUUUCCCCGCGCCUGCUCUGCCAUUCGUUCAUUGACGCUUACGUCAGGCCGCAGGCUGAGCGGUCACGCGGCAGGGCCGGCUCCGCCCGUGCUGCGCAGGGCAGCUGCCGGGGCGCACGGCGGGCGCGGGGCGGUUGGAGGCAGGAGGCGGCCGCGGCGAGGAGCGCACGCUGUGGGCGGGUUCUGGCCACCUGGCCCUGGGGUGCAGGCUUCAGGAGUAGCCACCUAGAGCUCCCCAAAGUCACCGUGUUUAAAAAGUAUUUUCUCUAUUCUUGCUUAAAACUUUAUUCUUUUGCAAAUUAACGAUUUUAUCAGUGAUUUAGAAGGUUGAAAAGCAAAACUAACUGUGCAAGCCACUGCCUCGUAGGUUGAGAUGCUUUGCCAUGCGAGACCUGUCAUGUCUUGUGUAUAUCUGUAUAUAUUAUUUGAUAUUCAGAGAAUCUAAAGAGUUCACCUGCUGUUUUAAUGAGACGUAACGGCUUCGGACAGCACGUUUCACUUGCAAACUGCUUGAAGUCCGCGGCCCUGGGACAGGCUGGCCGUGGGCCCCCCAGAGCGGAAGUGGAGACUGCUGGGGCGGCUUGUCCUCCCGGGGCUGGGGCGGGGGGGCCUGCUAGCGCCUCAGCCCCCGGUCCUAUAGCAGAACACUGUGAAGAGCCCAGCCCUGCAGCAGCGCCCCGCUGGGCCACGGGGAGGGGGAGAGCCUUGAUUCUGUUGGCGCAGACUGUGGGGCCAUGGCCGCCGCCGUCACGAGCUAUGCAUUUCCUCUGUUUCCGGUGAGCGCUCGUCUCACUUGGAAGGUGUCUGUGUGAGAACUCCCAGCACAAGCCCUCGUUCCUGCGCUACAGACUGGCCCAGAAUUGUCCAGUCUUUUAGUUCCUUUAAGUGUAUAGUGUUUUAGGACAAAAUCAAUAAACACUCCAUCUGUGCGUAUCAA